AUGGACGAAAGCCUGCCGCCGGAAGCGUUGGAACGGCAAGAAAUCUUCGUUCACGACGACUAUGGUCAGGACGGUGAUUUCGAGAAGAUUAAAGAGUUGGUAGGUAUUGUUGGUUUAGAUUGUACUACAAGUUUUUACGGUUGUUAUAUUUACUUUAACAUCUUAAACUUAAAAAUUUAGUUUUCAUUAAAAUUUCAAAAGUAAGAAUCAAAGUAGCAUUCUUAUUGUGAUGCCCAGACCUGUGAAGGGGAUAGGCCAAAGUUUAAGCUCCGGUCCUUAGGGUUAUGUAAGCGGGGCACGGCCCUAGAUUUGAUAAUUUUAUUUUUUAAAAAAACAUUUAAAAAUUAUUUCGAAGUAAAUAACUUUAAAGUCGAAUUUGUUUUAGACUUUUUACAAAUCAAGACUUUCGUUGCGGGACCUAAGCUUAGGCCUUUGAACCUUACUGGAAUAGUUGUGUUCGGGAGCCUUAUUUAAGACCCGGUCUCCAGGCCCUAACGAUCUUCCAAGCUCUAUUUUUUUAAUUUUUUUGCCUGUUGGGCCCCUUUUAGGAUUGUGAUGCUUAGACUUCUGAAUUUUUCGAAUUUAAAAUUUUUUAAAACUUACUACAAAUACUUUAAGUUUGUUCAAAUAAUUCUGUGCAUCCUAAUUUCAGAAAUUUGUCUUGAAAAGAAGCACAAAGUUAUUUGAAUAACCUAAUGUUUUAAAAGCUCAAAAGUAAGCUUUUUCCAACGAAAGGCUCGGAUUAAGGAAGCUUUUUGCAUAAACAGUUACUGUUUACUGUUAAAAUAAACGAAAACAAGACAUUCUUCAUCUUUAGGUUGUAUCAACCCAAUUCUCCCUGUGGACGUACAAAGUUGUUGACAUCCGAUUCUACACAAACCACGUCAGUGUUGGGUUGCCGAAUGUAAGUAAUCCUGGUAAUCCGUUUUGAGUAUUAAUAUUAUUAAUAUAAAUAGUUGUGAUGAAUGUGUUGCAAAGUUAUCAUAUUUUUUAGCUUAGAUUAAAAAAAUUUUCAGAACAACAGGUUUGUAAUUCGACUGGUCAAAGAGCCAUGUGUUAUACAAGAUCUCAGGGUGAACAAAGAACGUUAUCGUCAAUUGUAUUGCAUGAAACAGAAGGAACCACAGAAAUGGGUAAGUUUCAACAAUAAAAUAUAAUGUUAUUUUAUACUAUUAUAUAUAUGUAAUAUAGUAACUAUGCUAUAGAUUAUGAAUAAUAUACUAAGAUAAAAAAAGGCUAUAACCUAUAAAUGAUACUUAAUAAAAGUAGUAAAAGCCGUGUUUCAGUCAGAAUUCUUGGCAGAAGAAGAAAAGAAGCGUUGUUUAACCAUCAGUGAAGUCAAUGAAGAAGCCGUCCAGUUAUGUCAACGUAUAGUACAGGAGUCAAAAGAUAGUAUAAAUACUAUCGCUUUCAAACACGUCUACUACACCGACCCAGCGCACAGCGAUCUGUUUCAGAGGAUCUUGAGCGCAGCUGAAUUAAGUGAGUUACCAGUAGCACGCCAAGAAAAAAAGGGAAAUAGAGAUUUUCGCGGUCGGGCGCAACUCGGACUGAAUUUUUCGAGAACAAGGGAAAGUCCAAGUUAUACGAAGAGUAAAAAAUAUUGUUAAUAAUGGACAAAAAGAUUAAAUGAACAUUAAAACUUUAUAAAUUAUAUAAAAAUAGUAUGAGAUCAAUAAUUUAUUACCUAAAAUUAAACUUUUUGAACCAUACCGACAAAAGAUUUCUGUGGAGAACAUAGAGCAAGCAGCCUCGUCAAUUCUGUAUUCUUCUUCUUCAGCUUCUUGAUUUCAGCUUGAAGUUCUUGAAUUGUGAUGUCCUUCUCUUUCAGCAGGUCACAGGGCAUCUUGAUUGACUGAGGGAUUAGAGGGAGAGCCGAGGUUGAAGCCACGGGUUCGUCGAGCUGGUUAUCCUAAAACAAUAUCUUACUAAACGACUGAAAAACAAUGUUUCAAAACAAACUAGUAUGAAUUUGUGCUUAAAAGAUGCGCAAUUCUAUUCUCCAUAUAAUCCAAAACCAUUUUCCUAAAUACAGUCCAAACACAAGCAAUAACUUACCAUUUUUCCGACUGACCUAUCAUCCUCAACAUUCAGCUGCUCUUCAUGUUCAAUUGAUCCUGCUACUGCUUUAGAUUGUACCAAACUCCUCCUUUUACAGUCAGAAAGCUUUUCCAUCUUCAAUCGCUGCUUUCUCUUGGCUUCCCUGGCCUUCGCAAGGUUGUUCAGUCGAAAGUCCUAAAAUAACAUCAUAAAGCUUGUAAGAAAAAAAAUCCUUCUUGUACAAAUUUUUGCAAAUUUGGACGCAAAAGAUGCGCAACUUCAUUCUCCAUACAACCUAUGACAUGUUUUACCUAAAUACAGUCCAAAAAUAAGAAAUACCUUACCAUUUGUCCGACCUUUCGUGUUCUUUCCGACUUUCCUUCUUCUUUUUGACCGUCCGGAAACUCGGCCUCUGUAACGUCUUCUUUCCCCAUUCAAAUAUCUAAAAUAAAACAUAAAAUAAUUAAACUAAUUAAACAAAAAACUCGCGCAAUUUCCCCGAAAACACCACAAAAAUCACAAUCUAAAACAAUAUCGCGAAUUAUUUUUCGCAAUUUUUAUAAUUAUUUUGACACUUCGUUAAUCAAAUGUUGAGACCCGACCUCAUGCCCAUUUUUUGAUAAAGAAUUUCUUGGCGUCCAGUAGUAGAAGUAAAAAAAAUAUUUAUAGGUGUGUUCAAAGUUGUGUUCAUAGAUAAUGUACUGUUUUUCUAUAACAGUAGCGGAAAAAAUAAUGAAAACUAAAGAGAUUCUUAUAUCAUUAGGUUGUUCAAAUAAUUCUGAGCUCAUUUUCAAAUCAAAUAUGCAGGGUUAUGAGGCAUAGAAUUAUUUGAACAACCUUGAAAAACAUUUUAAAGCAAGAUUUGUAGCGUGAUUUUAAAUUUUUUGGCAUUUAAAAAAUAUAAACUUGUGGAGUUUGAAAAAUAGUACUAAUGCUACCAAUGGUACUAAAUAAUAUUUUUUUACGUUUGUAUAACAAAAUUUAUCAAAAAAUUAUCAUAUUUUGACUAUUUUAUACCUAUUUUAGUACCAUGAGUACCAAUAUUACCAUUUUUAAAAGUUAUGAUCAUAAUAGCUUCUAUUAUGUGAUAAAAUGUUUUACUUUCUUACAAAAUAUUGUGCUAUUUCAGAGCCCACAACCCUAGAACUAGCCCUCCACGCAGAGGAAGAUCAAUGGCUAGCCAACUUUGUUGAGCCAGAUAUUGUCCAUACGAUGCCAAUGGAGAUGCUUAGAAGUAUAUCUUCGAAUUUGAAACAAAUCAGUGGCAUUUCAAAGUAUGCAAUGUCAAUAUUCUGGGAGCCGAUCGCGGUUGAAGAAUGUCAUGUUCAUUUCAGUGCAUUUUGGUCUCAACACUUUCCUAAUAAGAUUAAGGUAUGGUUAUAAUAUUCUUACUAGUUGUAAAACAUAAUUGAAAUAUUAGGUUGUUCAAAUAAUUCUGCGCUCCUUCUCAAAGCAACUUUUUGUGGUAAGGGGGCGCAGAAUUAAUUAAACAAUUUAAUAGUUUCCAAAAGUCUUAAACCUUUUCUUUUAUGACAUUUCACAUAUAUAUAAACAAAUAUAUGUACAUUAUUUUGCAGAUGAAAGCAAAAAAGUUGAUAGUAUCAGACGCUGAAGAGUAUUACAUAAACGAAACCCUAAUAGAAGUUAUGGCAAUCGAACAGCUUGUCUUUGAAUUCAGCGACAGAGAGUUUGAACCAGCUUUGAGCUUGACGUGAGUUUAUAUUUAUACAGUACUCUCUAUAUAAGUUACACGAAGGGACUGGCAGUUUGUGUUUACUAUAGGGGCCCUUUAAAAAUAAAAAAAAUUUUAUUUAUGGUUUUAAAACUAAAUUUUAAAAUUUUCCAUUACAGACCACUAGACACUGUUCUUCACCGCCUCACACUGAUUGAACCAAACGCUUCGAUUGCAAAAAUAGGUGAAUACGAGUCCUACGGUACCUACAUAACACAACAGCUGCCAAACAUAAAAGUAGUUAAUAUCGACUUGACAAUAAACGCAAAACCAGUCGAUUUACAAAAAUAUGGAAGAAAUUCGUUGGAGAAAUUCAAAAAAUGCCUUGAGGCAAUGCCGAGCAAUACACAAUCAACGGCCAAUGUGGAUAUUACACUUACUGAAGAGGUAAGUCUAUUUUUAGUAAUAACAUAAAAAAGCUACUAUGUCUACAUCAUGGAAUGCUUUAAGCCUAAAGUAAGAGGUAAAGCCAAAGAAAAGCUUAAAAAGAAGUACAAGCUAAGUUAUCUUCCCACUAUCCUAGCCAAAUAAUGCUGGCUUGUUGACAAGCUAAUAUUGGCUUCAGCUUUACCUCUUAUGCUAAUUUAUGCAAAUCAAAAAUAUUUUUUUCAUUUGUUUUUGUGAUGAUAUUUACGUUACAUUACUUUAGACAAACCUUGAUGAUGUUGCAAAACUUUUGGAGUGCAUGCUAUCAGAAGACAAAAUAUCUUGCUCUACUACUAUUCCCGUGGGUGACAAUAAAAAUAUUAUUGUAAAAGUGCAAACUAAAAAGUGA